AUGCCGGUGGCUACCCAGGCGACCAUCAAGACGCUUACUCCGGAAGAGGUCAUUGCGGUGGGAGCCCAGAUCGUGCUGGGCAACGCCUACCACCUUUUCCUGCGCCCCGGUGUGGAGACGGUGGACCGGCUGGGCGGGCUGCACAAGUUCAUGGGCUGGCCACGCCCGAUACUCACUGACAGUGGUGGCUUUCAGGCGUUCAGCAUGGGGUCCUUCCGACAAGUGGACGAAGACCACAUUCGCUUCCGGUCCCACAUUGACGGCACCGAGUAUCGUUUUACUCCCGAGCUUGCCAUUGCGAAUCAGCAGGGACUGGGCGCCGAUAUCAUUAUGUGCCUGGACCAGUGCAUUGCUUACGGCGCCGAACGGGACGAAGUGGUAAGGGCUAUGGACCGCACCCACCGCUGGGCCAAGCUCUGCUACGACGCCCACUAUGUAAGUCCCGCCCCAACCUAUUCCGACAACACCCGGCGGCAGGCCCUGUUCGGCAUCGUGCAGGGCGGCACCUUCGCCGACCUGCGGAGGGAGUCGACCGAGUUCAUCGCCUCCAUUCCCUUUCCUGGCUACGCAAUCGGCGGCUUGGCCGUGGGGGAGUCCAAGUCCCAGAUGUAUGAGACUACUGUACAGGUGACCGAGUUGCUGCCUGCCGACAAGCCCCGCUACCUUAUGGGAGUGGGUUCGCCGGAAGACCUGGUAGAGGGAGUGGCCCAGGGCGUGGACAUGUUCGACUGCGUUCUGCCCACGCGGGUUGCCCGCAACGGGGCCCUCUUCACCCGAACGGGACGGGUGAACAUUUCCAACCGCCGCUUUGCCGAGCAGGACUCUCCGCUGGAGGAAGAUUGCGACUGUUACGCCUGCCGGAACUUCACCGCCGCCUACCUGUGGCACCUGUUCAAGGCUAAAGAGGUUCUGGGACUGCGGCUGGCCAGCGUUCACAACCUGCGCUUCAUCCUGCGUCUGAUGGACGGCAUACGCCAAUCCAUCCUGGAAGGUCGUUUCGAAGGCUUCCGCCGGGACUUUCAUCAUGUCUAUCGGCCAACCGACGAGGCCACCCGACAGCGACAGAAGGAGAAGUGGUUGGCGGCCCGGGGCGGGGUUUAG